CUUACAGGAAAACAGCUUGAUGGGAUUUGGCACACAUCUAUAGUGGUCUAUGGAGAGGAAUUUUUCUAUGGUGGUGCUGGGAUCUCUAGUUGCCCACCGGGCGGGACGAUGCUCGGACCUCCAGACACAGUGGUGGAACUGGGAAAUACAGAGGUGACAGAGGAGAUCUUUAUGGAUUAUCUGUCCUCACUUGGAGAGACAACAUAUAGUGGUGACAGGUACCGAUUGUUUGAACACAACUGUAACACGUUCACUAAUGAGGUGGCCCAGUUUCUCACUGGAAAUAAAAUUCCCUCCUAUAUCACAGAUCUGCCCUCUGAAGUGCUCUCCACGCCAUUUGGUCAGGUGUUGCGGCCAAUCCUGGACUCGAUACAUAUCGCCCCUCCAGGCGGAAACGUGAUCAACAGCCAAAAUAAUCAUAGCUAGAUCAGCUUUGUAAUCUCACAUACACACACAUGCAAUAAUUCUCACAUAGGCUUGUUUAUUCACACACAUUUGCCCUGUU